AGGAGAAAGAUAAUAUCAAACCAUGGAUGAAGAAAAAAAGUAGAUUUACACCAACACCUGGGAGAGAAAAAAGUCUUGAUACAUAUAUUGACGCGGUAAAACGAGAGAUACUAUAUGGACUUAAAGACAGAGUUCAGUCAAAUAUAAGUGACAAAGAAUCAAAGGCCUUACAAAGCUUGCUGAAUGAUUCAAGUAUAAUCAUUCGACCCGCAGACAAAGGAUCAGGAGUUGUGGUCGUUAAUACCGAGGACUAUAUCAAAAAUCUGGAGAAGGAAAUGAAUGAAUGUGAUUCUUAUGAAAAAAACAACGGAAAGUGUAAACAUGAAGCAAGCAGGGCGGUUAAAAAGGUAGCAAAUAAAUUAUAUAGAGACGGCCUUAUUGACCAGGAACUGAAAGAUUACUUAAUACCAAAACACCCCCAAGAAGCAAAGUUAAAAGGAAAUCCAAAAAUCCAUAAAAAUAACAAUCCAUACCGGACAAUAGUGAAUGGCAUUAGGACGGCCACAGAAAACAUGGCAGAAGUUGCAGAGAAAGAGUUGAAUGAGUUUGUAGAAACAACACCAAGUUAUAUUAAAGAUACAACAGAUUUUCUGACAAAACUGCAAGAAAUCCCCAAUGAAAUUCCAGAAAAUACAAUGCUUUUCUGCUUUGAUGUUAUCAAACUUUAUCCAUCCAUUCCUAAACAAAAAGGCUUAGAGGCAUGUAGAGAAGCACUUGAAACUAGAACAGACAAAACCAUCCCUUCAAAAGCAAUAGAAGAAAUGAUAACCACCGUUCUUGACAACAAUAUUAUAACAUUCAAUGGAACUGAGUAUAAACAAAGAAAAGGAGUUGCCAUAGGCUCAAAGUUGGGGAGGAAUUUUGCAUGUGCCUAUAUGCGUAAAUGGGAUGAAGAACUAAUGAAGAAUGAGUUCAUACCAAUCUUUUACAAAAGAUACAUCGACGAUGGAUUUGGAUUUUGGACACAUGGACUGGAAAAGCUUAAUGAGUUCCUUAUGUUUGCAAACCAGAUUGAUGAAAGUAUUCAAGUAGAAAUGAGAGUUGGUGGGAAAGAAAUAGAAUUUCUGGAUACUAUCGUGAAGAUAGAAGAUAGGAAAGUAAUAACAUCUUUAUACACAAAACCCUCAGACAAGCACAUGUAUUUAAACUACAAAUCAAGCCAUCCAAGAAAAACAAAAGAAGCCAUUCCAUAUAGUCAAGCCAUUAGACUGAAAAGAAUCUGUUCUAAAGAUACAGAUUAUCAGGUCCAUAAGAAAAAAUUAAAACACUAUCUUCGUAAACGUGGCUAUAGCGGAAAGAUCAUUGACAGGCAAUUUGAUCGAGCAGACAAGCUGGAUAGGGAUACUCUUUUGAAACCAAGUGAAGACAAGAAGAAAAACAUGAAAAGAGUUCCACUUGUACUUACGUACUCGAAAAAACUACCACGCAUACACGAUAUUGUGAAAAAGCACCUACCUCUACUGCACGAGUCGAAUAGAAUGAAGGAAGUUUUUAAUGAAAUGCCUAUUGUUGCAUACAGACGAGACAAGAACAUAGCAGAUAUAUUAGUGCAUGAAAAAACCAAUCGUACUAUGACAAGGGAGGUCAAUCCAGUAGAAAGAUGCACCAAGAAGUGUGUAGUGUGUGACAUGCUAACAAGGGGGUUGCACAACCGUGGAGGGGUGAGUGGAGUGACCAUUAGCAAAAGGCAGACCUGUGAAGCAUGUAACGUCAUCUAUGGAAUAAACUGUAUACAGUGUGGCAAAAUAGUUUAUGUGGGGGAGACAUCACGCUCACUAAAAGAACGAUUAAAGGAGCAUGAGGCAGAUACAAGGCACCACAGAAGCAAACCUGUUGCUGAGCAUUUUAACUCCGGACAACAUAGUGUAGAAGACAUGGGAGUAUGUGUUUUACAAAAUAUUAGAGACAAUUCGGAUUACUACCGCAAGAUAAAAGAACUUAACUGGAUUCAAUUGUUAAAGACAGAAGUUCCAAAUGGACUUAACACAAAAGCAGCUUCCGAUUUAGUAUGGCAGAAUUAUAGGCGAUAGUGUAGGCCAAUACGAGAUUCGUGUAGACAGUUUAAGUAACGAUAACUAUUUUCAAAAUGCAUAAUUCUCCAACAAUAGUGCAUGCGAGCGUAAGUAUGUGAGAGGGUGGAUAUGUAUGUGUGUAUAUAUGAGUAUAUGUGUGGGUGUGUAUAUAUAUAUGUAUAUGUGUAUGUAUGUACACAUGUAGGUGUUUAUUUGUGUACCUGUAAUUAUAUGUGCAAGUAUAUGAGUGAAUAUGUACAAGUGUGAAGGAAUGCGUAUAUAUGUGUGCAUAUGUAUGAACACAAUACAUUAGAAUUUAACUUCAUUUAAAAGAUUGGAAUUAAAAUUAUUAUAAAUAAUUAAUUAUUAAUCAUUUCAAUUUGUUUAAAUGUUGAUAAAUAUAGUCAAUAAGAAUUAGUGUUGAGAUAUUAUAGUAAUAGUGCUGACUACAAAAUAGGAAUUUUGAUUUUGUGAAUAUUAUUUUUAGGUUGGUACAGUAAAUAUCUAUAUUAUUAUUAUAGUAAUUAUUGUUAUCAUUAAUAUAGUUAUUAUUAUUGAUAUAACAAUAUGAUGUUAUUGUAAUACUUUUUAUUAUCAAAUUCAAUUUGGAAAAUUACAAUGAGGAAUGAAUUUCUGAUCAAGUAUAAGAACCAUACAACGAAAUGUCAUGUAUAUUAUGUAUUUUGGCGCAAUUGUAUAUCGCAUGGUAAAGUACGACGUCAUGACGUCAUUUCCUGUCAUAUUUGACGUUGUAAAACAUUUACUUUAUUGGUGUAUACAACAGUUAUAACUAUGUAGUGAAUUCGUAUUUGUAAACUUUGAUAAAGCCCGUUUGGGCGAAAUAUUAAUAAAAGAGUGUUUUUACUAUGAAAUAUGUAUAUCUUUAUCCCUACUGGAUAUAAAACUGAGUAUUGACAUUACACUCCUAAAAGAUUUAUGAGUAUGAAGAACUACAUAACAUCGCACCAGAGUAAAUUGCUACGUUACAAAUCACAUGCGGAUUUCUUAAAUAAGUGCCUCACGGAAGGAAUAGUGCCAAAUGGAUUUAAAUUACAAUGGGAACCACAAAUAGAUAUGGAUCUGGAAACUCGAGAAAAAUGUGCCAAAGUCAAGAAGGAUGCGUCAUUGCGGUUGAUUACACUUACUGAAAAGGCUAUUACAAGUAAGAUAAUAGAAUUACAAAGCAACAAUGUUGAUAUUCAUAAUGAAAACUCAAAUCAUUUACAAAGGAGUCUAUAUGAACGGAAACAAAACAAAUUGCAAAAGGCACGUAUGCUUAAUUUUGACAUCAGAGACAUUAAUAACUCAUUAGAUGAUUUCAUUGUGAAAAAUGUAGCAGGAGAUGGGAAUUGUUUUUACAGAUGUAUUGCUUUAGACAUUUAUGGAUCUGUGGAGAAACAUGCAUGUAUACGAGAUAAGAUAGUUCACCAUAUGCACAACAACACCAAUCUGUAUUCAGUAUAUAUAGAUGAGGACAUCAACAUUCAUAUUACAAAUCAGAGUCAUAAAGAUGGCAGAAUGUCUUCAUGGGCUACAGAAGCAGAAAUUUAUGCAGCGGCUACGGUAUAUUCAGCUGUUGUACAGAUCUACAACGUAACGAACGGUGUAACUCAAAUUCUGAAUUUCGAACCGGUUACAAAAAGUACAAAAAUAAAGCGAUAUUUUUUCUUGAAAAUGGAACAUGGACAUUUUGAUUCAUUAAGAGUGAAAAGUAAGCAAAAAGUAUCACAUGACCGAAUUGAAGAUACGUCUCAGUUUGACUGGUUCGAUAUGGAACAACUUCCCGAAAAGCCCCAUGUCAAAACAGUAUCGCAUGAUGAAAUGGUACGAAUUCCGAAACCAUCUGAAGUGGAACAUGCAUGUUUUAAGGACAAAAAGAAGGUUAUAAACAAAGACAAUCCACACAAAGAUACAGACAGAGACUUGGUAACAAAGGAUCAGUUUUCAACAAUCAUAAACUUAUCUUCCAGGGAUUUAACAUUUAAUGAAAAAGAAAUUCUAUCAAAAGGUUUAAAAUUCAUACCUACAACUAACAAAUAUGACAUCACAAAACUGCAAAGCGAUCUCUGUGAGUGGGAAAGACGCAUGCGUCUUAAAGAGUAUUUCCAUGAUAAACAAAAUGAUCAGGAGAAAGAUAAUAUCAAACCAUGGAUGAAGAAAAAAAGUAGAUUUACACCAACACCUGGGAGAGAAAAAAGUCUUGAUACAUAUAUUGACGCGGUAAAACGAGAGAUACUAUAUGGACUUAAAGACAGAGUUCAGUCAAAUAUAAGUGACAAAGAAUCAAAGGCCUUACAAAGCUUGCUGAAUGAUUCAAGUAUAAUCAUUCGACCCGCAGACAAAGGAUCAGGAGUUGUGGUCGUUAAUACCGAGGACUAUAUCAAAAAUCUGGAGAAGGAAAUGAAUGAAUGUGAUUCUUAUGAAAAAAACAACGGAAAGUGUAAACAUGAAGCAAGCAGGGCGGUUAAAAAGGUAGCAAAUAAAUUAUAUAGAGACGGCCUUAUUGACCAGGAACUGAAAGAUUACUUAAUACCAAAACACCCCCAAGAAGCAAAGUUAAAAGGAAAUCCAAAAAUCCAUAAAAAUAACAAUCCAUACCGGACAAUAGUGAAUGGCAUUAGGACGGCCACAGAAAACAUGGCAGAAGUUGCAGAGAAAGAGUUGAAUGAGUUUGUAGAAACAACACCAAGUUAUAUUAAAGAUACAACAGAUUUUCUGACAAAACUGCAAGAAAUCCCCAAUGAAAUUCCAGAAAAUACAAUGCUUUUCUGCUUUGAUGUUAUCAAACUUUAUCCAUCCAUUCCUAAACAAAAAGGCUUAGAGGCAUGUAGAGAAGCACUUGAAACUAGAACAGACAAAACCAUCCCUUCAAAAGCAAUAGAAGAAAUGAUAACCACCGUUCUUGACAACAAUAUUAUAACAUUCAAUGGAACUGAGUAUAAACAAAGAAAAGGAGUUGCCAUAGGCUCAAAGUUGGGGAGGAAUUUUGCAUGUGCCUAUAUGCGUAAAUGGGAUGAAGAACUAAUGAAGAAUGAGUUCAUACCAAUCUUUUACAAAAGAUACAUCGACGAUGGAUUUGGAUUUUGGACACAUGGACUGGAAAAGCUUAAUGAGUUCCUUAUGUUUGCAAACCAGAUUGAUGAAAGUAUUCAAGUAGAAAUGAGAGUUGGUGGGAAAGAAAUAGAAUUUCUGGAUACUAUCGUGAAGAUAGAAGAUAGGAAAGUAAUAACAUCUUUAUACACAAAACCCUCAGACAAGCACAUGUAUUUAAACUACAAAUCAAGCCAUCCAAGAAAAACAAAAGAAGCCAUUCCAUAUAGUCAAGCCAUUAGACUGAAAAGAAUCUGUUCUAAAGAUACAGAUUAUCAGGUCCAUAAGAAAAAAUUAAAACACUAUCUUCGUAAACGUGGCUAUAGCGGAAAGAUCAUUGACAGGCAAUUUGAUCGAGCAGACAAGCUGGAUAGGGAUACUCUUUUGAAACCAAGUGAAGACAAGAAGAAAAACAUGAAAAGAGUUCCACUUGUACUUACGUACUCGAAAAAACUACCACGCAUACACGAUAUUGUGAAAAAGCACCUACCUCUACUGCACGAGUCGAAUAGAAUGAAGGAAGUUUUUAAUGAAAUGCCUAUUGUUGCAUACAGACGAGACAAGAACAUAGCAGAUAUAUUAGUGCAUGAAAAAACCAAUCGUACUAUGACAAGGGAGGUCAAUCCAGUAGAAAGAUGCACCAAGAAGUGUGUAGUGUGUGACAUGCUAACAAGGGGGUUGCACAACCGUGGAGGGGUGAGUGGAGUGACCAUUAGCAAAAGGCAGACCUGUGAAGCAUGUAACGUCAUCUAUGGAAUAAACUGUAUACAGUGUGGCAAAAUAGUUUAUGUGGGGGAGACAUCACGCUCACUAAAAGAACGAUUAAAGGAGCAUGAGGCAGAUACAAGGCACCACAGAAGCAAACCUGUUGCUGAGCAUUUUAACUCCGGACAACAUAGUGUAGAAGACAUGGGAGUAUGUGUUUUACAAAAUAUUAGAGACAAUUCGGAUUACUACCGCAAGAUAAAAGAACUUAACUGGAUUCAAUUGUUAAAGACAGAAGUUCCAAAUGGACUUAACACAAAAGCAGCUUCCGAUUUAGUAUGGCAGAAUUAUAGGCGAUAGUGUAGGCCAAUACGAGAUUCGUGUAGACAGUUUAAGUAACGAUAACUAUUUUCAAAAUGCAUAAUUCUCCAACAAUAGUGCAUGCGAGCGUAAGUAUGUGAGAGGGUGGAUAUGUAUGUGUGUAUAUAUGAGUAUAUGUGUGGGUGUGUAUAUAUAUAUGUAUAUGUGUAUGUAUGUACACAUGUAGGUGUUUAUUUGUGUACCUGUAAUUAUAUGUGCAAGUAUAUGAGUGAAUAUGUACAAGUGUGAAGGAAUGCGUAUAUAUGUGUGCAUAUGUUGGUACAGUAAAUAUCUAUAUUAUUAUUAUAGUAAUUAUUGUUAUCAUUAAUAUAGUUAUUAUUAUUGAUAUAACAAUAUGAUGUUAUUGUAAUACUUUUUAUUAUCAAAUUCAAUUUGGAAAAUUACAAUGAGGAAUGAAUUUCUGAUCAAGUAUAAGAACCAUACAACGAAAUGUCAUGUAUAUUAUGUAUUUUGGCGCAAUUGUAUAUCGCAUGGUAAAGUACGACGUCAUGACGUCAUUUCCUGUCAUAUUUGACGUUGUAAAACAUUUACUUUAUUGGUGUAUACAACAGUUAUAACUAUGUAGUGAAUUCGUAUUUGUAAACUUUGAUAAAGCCCGUUUGGGCGAAAUAUUAAUAAAAGAGUGUUUUUACUAUGAAAUAUGUAUAUCUUUAUCCCUACUGGAUAUAAAACUGAGUAUUGACAUUACACUCCUAAAAGAUUUAUGAGUAUGAAGAACUACAUAACAUCGCACCAGAGUAAAUUGCUACGUUACAAAUCACAUGCGGAUUUCUUAAAUAAGUGCCUCACGGAAGGAAUAGUGCCAAAUGGAUUUAAAUUACAAUGGGAACCACAAAUAGAUAUGGAUCUGGAAACUCGAGAAAAAUGUGCCAAAGUCAAGAAGGAUGCGUCAUUGCGGUUGAUUACACUUACUGAAAAGGCUAUUACAAGUAAGAUAAUAGAAUUACAAAGCAACAAUGUUGAUAUUCAUAAUGAAAACUCAAAUCAUUUACAAAGGAGUCUAUAUGAACGGAAACAAAACAAAUUGCAAAAGGCACGUAUGCUUAAUUUUGACAUCAGAGACAUUAAUAACUCAUUAGAUGAUUUCAUUGUGAAAAAUGUAGCAGGAGAUGGGAAUUGUUUUUACAGAUGUAUUGCUUUAGACAUUUAUGGAUCUGUGGAGAAACAUGCAUGUAUACGAGAUAAGAUAGUUCACCAUAUGCACAACAACACCAAUCUGUAUUCAGUAUAUAUAGAUGAGGACAUCAACAUUCAUAUUACAAAUCAGAGUCAUAAAGAUGGCAGAAUGUCUUCAUGGGCUACAGAAGCAGAAAUUUAUGCAGCGGCUACGGUAUAUUCAGCUGUUGUACAGAUCUACAACGUAACGAACGGUGUAACUCAAAUUCUGAAUUUCGAACCGGUUACAAAAAGUACAAAAAUAAAGCGAUAUUUUUUCUUGAAAAUGGAACAUGGACAUUUUGAUUCAUUAAGAGUGAAAAGUAAGCAAAAAGUAUCACAUGACCGAAUUGAAGAUACGUCUCAGUUUGACUGGUUCGAUAUGGAACAACUUCCCGAAAAGCCCCAUGUCAAAACAGUAUCGCAUGAUGAAAUGGUACGAAUUCCGAAACCAUCUGAAGUGGAACAUGCAUGUUUUAAGGACAAAAAGAAGGUUAUAAACAAAGACAAUCCACACAAAGAUACAGACAGAGACUUGGUAACAAAGGAUCAGUUUUCAACAAUCAUAAACUUAUCUUCCAGGGAUUUAACAUUUAAUGAAAAAGAAAUUCUAUCAAAAGGUUUAAAAUUCAUACCUACAACUAACAAAUAUGACAUCACAAAACUGCAAAGCGAUCUCUGUGAGUGGGAAAGACGCAUGCGUCUUAAAGAGUAUUUCCAUGAUAAACAAAAUGAUCAGGAGAAAGAUAAUAUCAAACCAUGGAUGAAGAAAAAAAGUAGAUUUACACCAACACCUGGGAGAGAAAAAAGUCUUGAUACAUAUAUUGACGCGGUAAAACGAGAGAUACUAUAUGGACUUAAAGACAGAGUUCAGUCAAAUAUAAGUGACAAAGAAUCAAAGGCCUUACAAAGCUUGCUGAAUGAUUCAAGUAUAAUCAUUCGACCCGCAGACAAAGGAUCAGGAGUUGUGGUCGUUAAUACCGAGGACUAUAUCAAAAAUCUGGAGAAGGAAAUGAAUGAAUGUGAUUCUUAUGAAAAAAACAACGGAAAGUGUAAACAUGAAGCAAGCAGGGCGGUUAAAAAGGUAGCAAAUAAAUUAUAUAGAGACGGCC